AUGUCACAGCAGCAGCAGCAGCAGCAGAGGCUGCAGCAGCAGCGGCUGCAGCAGCGGCGGCCGCAGCAGCUUGGCGCUGCUGCUCAACCGCAUGCAGCCUCUAUCGCCAUGGCCUAUCAGCAGCAGCAGCAGCAGCAGCAGCAACUGGUGCAGCAGCAACGAAAGGAUUGUCCUUCCUUCGUGCUGCAGUUGGAAGCAGCAGCAGCAGCAGCGGCAGCGGGAGCAGCAGCAGCACCUUUAGCAGGAAAGUUGGGCUGCCUCCCCAAAGCAGCAGCAGCAGCAGCAACAGCAGCAGCAGCAGCAGAACCCGAGGCAGCAAGCAGGCACUUGCAGCAGUUCGCAUAUCAGCUGCUCGCAGCAGUUGCUGCUGCUGCUGCUGCAGCAUACCUUCGUCACUCCUUGAAGCAGCAAACCCGCUCUGUCUAUCAAGAGGUUUUUCUGAAUCGUUUGCUGCUGUCUUUGGACCUCAAGAGUGUCCCUGACAGAGCAGCAGCAGCAGCUGCAGCAGCAGCAGCAGCAGGAGCAGCAGCAGGAACAGCAAUGCAGCAGACAGAGUCUAGCGGUGGUGCCUCCUUGUCUCCCCUAGCUAGUUUGCUGCUGCAGCUGCAGCAGCAGAAGCAGCAGCAGAUUGGUGCAGGAGGCGACACCGCAGCAGCAUCUGCUGCUGCAACUGGUACUCCUGCAGCAACUCCAGCAGCAGCAGCAGCAGCAGGAGCUAUUGAUAUGGAGCUGCUGCUGCCUGCAGCAGCAGCAAGAAAAGGGUUUGUUGGGGUGUAUAGGGAGCUAUCUAGAUCUCCUUUUGUUGCUUUGUCUCCUUCCUUAUCUUUGCUGCGGUGUCUGUCUCCUUAUCUGCAGCUACGCAGCAGCAGCAGCAGCAGCAGCAGCAGCAGCAGUGCAGCACUACUAGCAGCAGCACUAAAUAAAGUUUCUUCUUGUGGGGGGUGCAGCAGAUUUACAUUAGCAAUACUUGCUGAUCUGCAGCAACUAAUUCUUUAUGGUCUUGUAUCUACACCUCAAGAGAUAGCUGGAGCAAUAAGAGCAGUAACAGAACAAACAAAAGAUAUAAAAAGAGCGAUGGAUUUAAUUUGUUUAGGUGAUGCUGUUGGUCUUAAUAAGACACAUAAACAACUGUUGAGACCUUUAUGGUUAUCUCUUUGUCUUGGAAGUUCAAAACAAUUAGAUGAGGCAAUUAAAGAAAGAAAGAUCAAGAUGUACAGGAAGCACGUGCAGCAGCUGCUGGAGGCCGGCCUGGAAUGCUGCCCGCUGCUGCUGCAGCAUCAGGAGGCUACUGGCGGCAGCAGCAGCAACAGCAGCAGCAACAGCAGCAGCAACAGCAGCAGCAGCAGCAGCAGCAGCAGCAGCAGCGAGGGCAGCGAAGACACGAGCGAGGCUGAGGUAUUCUUGCAGCCGUUAGAGUUGCUGCAGCUGCGGUGGUUACGGCAGCAGCAGCAGCUGCUGCCAGAGUCUCUUGCUGCAGCAGAAGAAGCAGCUGCAGCAGCAGCUGCUGCUGCUGCUGUUUCUGGUUCUCCGCAUACAGCAGCAGGAACAGCAGCAAUUCGAGCAAAAGCAGCAGCAGCAGCAGCAGCAGGUAUACCUGUAGGCUGGGAGAUGCUGGGGCUAACUGCAGCAGAAGCAGCAGCAACAACACAGCAGCAGCUGCAGCAGCAGCAGCAGCUGCUGCUAACAAAAGCAAUAGAGCGUAAACACUUAGCAGAAACUGUUAAAGACAAAGAGAGCCAACCCGCCAUUAAGUUGCUGCAGCUAUCUAAGAAAUUACGCCGUUUAGGUCUUGGUGAUUUUUCUUUGGCAUUCGAAGAAAAUUUUGAUUUUAAAAUUCCCCAAGAAAAAGAUGUCAAUAAAAUUGCUAAUGCAUUCUCAGACACUGUGGCACUAGUGUUGGCGGAUUUAAAGAGAGCGAACUUUUCUAAUGUGAAGGAAGAAGAUGAAGAUUUAUCUCCGCCAGAUACACAACAAGAAGAAGAAAUUGAAGAGUAUAAGGAGAAUAUGAAGCGUGAGUUUGAAUCGCGUUGGAAUAUUUUCUUUGAUGAUCUUCUAAGCAAGCAGCAGCAGCAGCAGCAGCAGCAGCAGCAGCAGCAGCAGCAGCAGCAAGAGCAGCAGAAGGAGCAUGAGGAUCAGGCAGAGCGCCUAUUGUAUGCUAAUAAGCAGCAUCAUGCUAAUAAGCAGCACGAUCAGCAGCAGCAGCAGCAGCAGCAGCAGCAGCAGGACGAGGAGGAGGAGGAGGAGCAGCAGCAAGACGAACUAAGAAGAGAUAUAGAUAUGCAUGCAAUGAAAGAGAUGGAGUAUUGGAAGAUGCGUCUGCGGCACCAGCGGCAGGAAGAGCAGAGGCAGCAGCAAGGUGCUGCUGCUGCUGCUGCUGGAGGAGGAGAGGCAGCAGAAGAGAAGGGAGAAGAUGAUGACGACGAGGACAGCAGCAGCAGCAGCAGCAGCAGCAACGCAGGCAGCAGCAGACUGCAUGCAUUAUUAGAUGCGGGUUUUUCUGUAGUAAUUAAAACCCCCUUUACAGCAGAUGAUCUCCUUAAAGAAAAAGAAGCAGCGCAGCAGCAGCAGCAGCAGCAGCACGAGCAGCAGGGGGAGCAGCAGGAGCAGCAAGAGCAGCAAGAAGAGCAGCACAUCUAUGAUGAUGCAGAUUAA